CGCGUCCCGGGCAUCCGUCGGGUGCCCGAGGCGCCUCCCGCAGGGAGUCCCCACGCGGCCGCGCUCCCGCGUCGUCCGCAGCGACUGGGGGCCCGGGACGUGCGGGGCCGCGAGGCCGAGCCGGGCGCCCCCCAGCGGCCGGCGCGGGCCUCAUGGCUGGGCCGGGCGGAGCGGAACCGGCGAGGUGAAGCCCCUGGGCCCGCAGCCGGAGUGUGUGGCGGGGGCGCCGGCUCCAUGGGCAGCAGCGCACAGCGGCACGAUGAUGGACGUUAACAGCAGCGGCCGCCCGGACCUCUACGGACACCUGCGCUCCGUCCUCCUGCCAGAGGUAGGGCUGCCGGACCUAAGCCCCGACGGCGCCGGGCCGGUCGCGGGCUCCUGGGCGCCGCACCUGCUGCGCGGGGGCCCUGAGGUCACCGCCAGCCCUGUGCCCACCUGGGACGCGCCCCCGGACAAUGCCUCCGGCUGUGGGGAACAGAUCAACUACGGCAGAGUGGAGAAAGUUGUGAUCGGCUCCAUUCUGACGCUCAUCACGCUGCUGACGAUCGCCGGCAACUGCCUGGUGGUGAUUUCGGUGUGCUUCGUCAAGAAGCUCCGCCAGCCCUCCAACUACCUGAUAGUGUCCCUGGCGCUGGCCGACCUCUCGGUGGCUGUGGCGGUCAUGCCUUUUGUCAGCGUCACAGACCUUAUCGGGGGCAAGUGGAUCUUUGGCCACUUCUUCUGCAACGUAUUCAUCGCCAUGGACGUCAUGUGCUGCACCGCCUCGAUCAUGACCCUGUGCGUGAUCAGCAUCGACAGUCUGGGUUGGGAUCCUGGAAGCCAGAUCCAGACUUGGAAACAACAGUUGGUGCCUGAAGCAACAGGCAAAGAGAAAAGGUACCUGGGGAUCACGAGGCCACUAACGUACCCUGUCAGGCAGAAUGGGAAAUGCAUGGCGAAGAUGAUUCUGUCCGUCUGGCUUCUUUCUGCUUCCAUCACUUUACCCCCACUCUUUGGGUGGGCCCAGAAUGUAAACGAUGACAAGGUGUGCCUGAUCAGCCAGGAUUUUGGCUACACGAUCUACUCCACCGCAGUGGCGUUUUACAUCCCCAUGUCCGUCAUGCUUUUCAUGUACUAUCAGAUUUACAAGGCCGCCAGGAAGAGCGCCGCCAAACACAAGUUCCCCGGCUUCCCGCGCCUGCACCAGCCAGACAGCACCAUCUCCCUGAACGGCAUGGUGAAGCUCCAGAAGGAGGUAGAGGAGUGUGCCAACCUUUCGAGACUCCUGAAACACGAAAGGAAAAACAUCUCCAUCUUUAAGAGGGAACAGAAAGCAGCCACCACCUUGGGGAUCAUCGUCGGGGCGUUCACUGUGUGCUGGCUGCCGUUUUUCCUCCUCUCGACAGCCAGACCCUUCAUCUGCGGCACAGCCUGCAGCUGCAUCCCGCUGUGGGUGGAGAGGACAUUUCUGUGGCUGGGCUAUGCAAACUCUCUCAUUAACCCUUUUAUAUAUGCCUUCUUCAACCGGGACCUGAGGACCACCUACCGCAGCCUGCUCCAGUGCCAGUACCGGAAUAUCAACCGGAAGCUCUCGGCUGCAGGCAUGCACGAGGCCCUGAAGCUGGCUGAGAGGCCUGAGAGGUCCGAGUUUGUGCUGUAAGACAAAACUCUGACUACCGUAGGAAAAAAAGUCAUGAUUCAUGAUCAAAAGUGGAAUCAAGGAGACGAGAAAAACGAGACAAGACAGAGGUGGAAACAGAACGGAAUCAUUUACUGAGACUGUGGAAUGCGGCUUCCGUUUUUUCUUGGGAUGGUUCAGAGUGACAAGCAGGGUGAUCUGUUGUACAACUGUGUUAUGAGGGAGACAGUGACCUCCCCUUCUUUUCCCCCUGUGGGUCAGUGCUACUGUGUGCAAAUCAAGGUAGUACUCAGUUGAAGAUAGUCAGACCCGCUCAGCAGUAAGCUGGCGAACAGAGCUGAGUUCCAGAAUGGUUUCUGAUGCUUUGUGUUUGACCAAGACCACGCAAGUGGAAGUGAGUUCCAUUGUGCACUAGUCUAGGCAUCCUGGUGAAUGUUCAGGAAUCGUUCAUGAGACAGAAUUAAUGGUGUGGUAGGACAGAAGGGUGUUUUCCCAAGCCAACUGUGGUAAGCAUAGUGUUGACUAUGUUGCAUGUCCCGUGUUAGAAAACAGAAUCCCGUCAUCAGCUCACACAAAUGACUUCCCAGAGCAGUGUCUGUUCUAAGCUCCUGUCAAACAGUUUGGCUUUGUGCAGGGUCCCUGUGACCUCCCCACCAAUGUACUUUCUUUGUUAACUCAGUUCUUGUUAUGGUAUAACUCAGGAACAGCUCUCAGGAUGGAGAAAAUCCUAAAACCUGAAUAAAGCCUUUUCUUGUGCUCA